AUGGCUUGGAUACCUGGACUCGAUGAACUUGGUUCCGGAUAUGAUUACUUAAAUGGUCAAUAUGCACAAAGUGAAUCGUGUACUGAAAAUUUCUUUGACUGGGGCAACAUUCCAACAUACGAAAGAAUACUUAAUGGCCAGACCUAUAUCAUACCUAAUAUUGUUAACUUUUAUCCAAAGAUCUCGGCUGAAUAUAUAUCUGUUGCUGGUGAAAGUUUAGAUGAAUAUCAUGAACUUCUUUCGAAUACUGUUGAUAUUGGAGUAAAAAUAUGUGGCUUUACUGGUUCUUUAGAGACAGAAUUUGGAAAAGUCGUUGAUUAUAAUAAAUUUCGAAAAUUUAAAAUAAUUUUUCGUCGAUAUGGUUCUCAUUUUAUUCGUAGUCUUAAAAUGGGUGGUCGCGUUGUUUUUAGUGCAAGCACUAAUAAACUUAAUCAUAAUUCCAAGAUUGAUUUAAAAUCAGUAGCGAAAGAUGCGGCUAUCGAAAUACUUCAGGGUGAAUCAUCUUAUGAAGAUGAAGUUAUGAAGUUUAGACAAAACAGUGAAAUUGAUGUUCAUGUAUGUGGUGGUAAUAUUAGAGCUUUUGGAAAUGAUAUGUUGCAUCCGAAUGUGGAUGCUUGGGCAGCUACUGUACCAAAUAACCCUGCUUUCAUAACAUUUGAUAGAUCAGACAGUCUUUUAUUCAUUGGUGAUUUGGUCGAAGAUGAAACCCGAAGAAAACAGUUUAUAGAUGCUUGGCCAGUUUAUGCUAAUAUUUACAAAAGGAAAUUCAAGUCUUUUGAA